AUGAAAAAAACAAUACAAAAAGUACUUUCGAUAGCCGGCUCCGACAGCGGAGGGGGGGCCGGUAUUCAGGCCGAUAUCAAGGCCAUAUCGGCCUGCGGCUGCUAUGCGAUGACGGCGAUCACGGCCGUAACCGUUCAGAAUACCGUAGGCGUACGGGGUUUUCAUGUCGUUCCGGCGGAAGUGGUCGCCGGACAGAUCGCGGCGGUGUUGGAGGAUAUCGGCGCCGACGCCGUAAAACUCGGCAUGUUGCCGACUGACGAAAUGAUCGUUCCGAUCGCGGAAUCGCUGAAAAAAUACCGGGUGCGCAGCGUGGUGAUGGACCCGGUGAUGGUGGCUACCUCGGGCGACCGUCUGAUCAGCGAAGCCGCUGCGCAGGCGAUCCGUCGGCAUAUUUUUCCGUUGGCGACGCUGGUGACGCCGAAUGUUCCGGAAGCCGAAUACAUUACGGGGAUGCCGAUCCGUUCCGAGGCCGAUUUUCCCGCCGCCGCCGCCGCGCUUCGCGAUAUGGGAGCCGGGGCCGUGCUGCUGAAAGCCGGGCAUCUGGAUGGAACGGAACUGACCGAAUACCUUUUCGACGGCAACGGUUGCCAUACCUUCCGUUACCCGCGAACCGACACGCCGAAUACGCACGGCACCGGAUGCACGCUGUCGUCGGCCGUCGCCGCUUUCCUGGCGCAGGACUAUCCGCUCGAAGAGGCGGUGCUGUGGGCGGAAAACUAUGUCCACGAGGCGAUUGUCCGCGGCCGGGAGUAUCGGCUCGGAAACGGACACGGGCCCGUACACCAUUUUAUCGUUUUUGGGAGUAGAUUCCGGAGGAAUAACUAUUUUUACAAAAAAUUGCGCGCGUGGAAUUUGUCGGUAAAUUUUUAA